AUGGAUUCAACUCGCAAAAACACCAUUGAAGACCAGCCUAAGACGCCUUGCAAGGACCGAAUUUUCCAGCUGGUCGAUAUGGCAGGGGAUCGCGAACUGACGGAAAAGAAAAGAAGCAGAAACCUGGCCACGGCGGUGCGUGAACAGACGUUUGCAGGGCUGCUUGAAUUCACGCGCAAGCUCGCAGUCAUCAAACUCACAUUCCUGACGUUGGGGGGCAACAUGGAAGAGUACAAAGCGCGCGCUGGCAAAAUCGGGACCGAGGAAGAGCAGGCACACCUUGCUCACUUGUGGCAGCUUUACGUGGAGCUCGAAGAGUCUCUGCCCACAAAACAGGAACAACACGAACGUGCUGUGGAACAGGAGAAUUGGGCACAAAGGGAAGUAGAAUACCACGAACGCCUGUCAACCUGGAGGGAUACAAGAAUGCAUGCGUUGUUUGCGGACAUAGACUCUCGUCUCGACGACAUCGUAGUCUACCUGACAUGUAAAGAGGAGGAAACGUCGAGUGAGAUCCCUGAAGGAAAGGCAGAGACGAAGGAUGACACCUCUCAAGGAAAGACAGAGGCCGAAGAUGACACGCCUGAAGAGAAGGCAGAGACGCAGGAUGACACCCCUCAUGGAGAUACGGAGGCCGAAGACGACACGCCCCUAGACAAGGCAGAGACAGAGGAUGACAUUCGUGUAAAAGCAUUAUUUGCAGAGCAUGAUAGGGUCCAGGCCCAGAUCAAAAGCCUGGGCACAUACCCCGAGUUCAAGGCUCAGAAUGAUGCAUUCUUCAAGAGUCAUGAUGAGGGCAAGGCUCAGAGACUUGGUGAUGCUCUGAAGGAGGUUCAAGAGACGAGCUGA